AUGCCAUCGAGUGCUCUUGAACGAGUGGAUAACAUCAGCAUCUACACUGAAAACCGAUUCUCCAAGGAGCAGAUCUUCGUGCAGCUAGAUGAUCUCGACAACAUGCACCGCCUGUUCCCGGACAAACUCAUCAACCUGUACGGCUAUCACAUUCGCAUUGGGGUUAAGCGAGAUGAUUUUCCAUAUAUCAUGAUGUGGCAGGACCAUACAUUAUUUAAUGGAAUUUUAUGGAUUAUGUUUCGGGAUAUCGGUAUUACCAGUUUGAAUUUAACAUUUUCUUUCACUCACCAAUCCACUGAACAUUACAAUGCUGACGUUUAUUAUGACAUUAUAUUUCAGCGUGAGCAUUUUCAGCACGAUUUUGCUUUCCCUGACAUGGGGGGAAUGUGUUUAUCGUGUCCAGUAAAACAUAGUAAAUUUGUCGUGCCACAUUUUCUUACACCGUUCUCACUUGGUGCUUGGAUUUUUCUGGGAGGAGUUUUGGUAGUUUGCUGCAUCUUGCGACUACUCUUUCCCUUCAUUUUCCGAUACGAUCCGAUUCUACAGACGCUCUUUGGAGUCAUCGGCAACGAAUACAACCAAGCAUUCCCGGCCCGAGCACUGCUGUUUGGGCUAUCUUGGUUAUCAUUCUUUUUUUCUAAAGUCUACAACAGCAGAAUCUUGGCACUCAUGUCCCUGGGAUCAUUCUCUAAACGACCGAACACGAUUGCCGAGUUUAUGCAGUCAGAUUAUAUGAUGGUGAUACACAAAGAACACCUUUUGAAGUUCGCUUUGGAUGAUUUCAUUCCCAAAAUGCUUGAUCUAGAGGAAUUUGAACGAUUACGGGGAGAAAUGGGCGUGAAAUACCACUACAAUUACUGCUCUCUGCAACUUUGCGGAGAGGCUUUGUUACUAACAACUGUUGCGUUUAGAGGUCUUUACCACGAUUUUUUCACCAUCAAAGAACGUGUCAUUCCUUAUCCAAAAACAUUACAGUUUGCUGAAAAUUCGCCUGUAGUAACAGUGAUAUCCCGCUACCUCGGAUUAUUUUAUGAAACUGGACUAUGGGAUUACAAUUUUGAAAAACAUAUGAAAUUUCUAGCUACGAAACCAGAGCCGAAGACUGUGCUGUACGGCGUUGUUUUCUCUUUCGAUGAUCUAAUGAGUGUGUGGAUCUUGCUUGGAGUUGGUUUGUUGAUCAGUACCAUUUUGUUUGUUGGAGAACUAUUGAGCAAAAAGCGAUCGUGA